CAACCAAACAAUGAGGAGUUGGUGGAGGAGGUGGUGGUGGUCUCUGACAUAGAGAAGUCAACAGAGGACAGCUCAGGGACUAGUGACCAAAGACUGGGAAUCAUGAACCUUACUAAAGAGGACCUUCUGAGGCUGCUAGGGGUCAUGGAAGGUGAGGUUCAGGCGAGGGAUGAUGUUAUCUGUGUACUGAAGACUGAGAAGACACGUCCGGAGGCUCUGAAGUCCCACUAUGGUUCUGCAGCUCCUACCACAGCCCUCCAGGCCCUACAGAGAGACAGCCUUCUCACCAACACACAGACAGACAUUGACAAUGUCUACCAGAGACCAAUGGCUGAGCUGGACCGUCUGCAGGACAAACACAAGGACACGUACCGGCGCAUGCUGGAACAGCUUCUAUUGGCUGAGAAGUGUCACCGCCGCACCGUGCAUGAGCUGGACAGCGAGAAGCGCAAACACGCUGACUACAUGAACAAGAGUGACGACUUCACUAACCUAUUGGAGCAGGAGAGAGAGAGAUUGAAGAGGUUGCUGGAGAAUGAGAAAGCCUACCAGGUGCGUAAAGAGAAGGAGAACACCAAGCGUCUGGAGAAGGUGAGGGAGGAGCUGGUCAAACUGAAAUCCUUUGCCCUGAUGCUGGUAGACGAGCAGCAACUCCACCUGGAGCAGAUGGACCAGCAGAGCCAGAGGGUCCAGGAGCUGACCCAGCAGCUGCAGCAGAGGGAGAAGGACCUGAGCGACGCCAGCGCCCGGGCCCAGGAGGACAGACAGAGGGCCCUGAGUUUGGAGGGCGAGCUGAGGGAAUGCCAGGCCAAGUUUACCCAGAAGCAGGAGGAGAGGACCGCCAAGCUGGCCAGCCAGGAGUCCCAGAGCCGCCAGCUGGAUGUCAAGCAGUCUGUACUCACCCAGACGCUGGAGGAGCUGGAGGAGAGCAACAGGGCUCUGAGGAGGUCAGAGGAGGCGCUGAAGGAGAGCAAUGGGGCUCUGAGGAGGUCAAAGGACAAGCUGGAGGAGAGCAACGGGGCUCUGAGGAGGUCAGAGGAGGAGCGCAACGGGGCUCUGAGGAGGUCAAAGGAGGAGCUGCACGAGCUGAGGGAUAAGAUCAGCAAAGGGGAGUGUGGGAACUCUAACCUAAUGACAGAACUGGAGAACCUCCGCAAACGGGUAUUUGAGAUGGAAGGGCAGGACGAGGAGAUCACCAAGGCAGAGGCCCAGUGCCGGGAGCUGAGGAAGAGGCUGCAGGAGGAGGAGAGCCGAGGGAAAGAACUCAAACUGCAAGUGGAGAAGCUCCAGAGGAGAAUGGUGGAAUUGGAGAGACUAGAGGGGGCGUUCAACGCCAGCAAGGCGGAGUGCUUCCAGUUACACUCCACUCUGGAGAGAGAGAAGGAUGUGUCGAAGGAGCUUGCUGACGAACUGGUGGCCUUUAAGAUACGCAUGAAAGAGAUGGAAUCCUCUGAGCUGAGACUGGAAAAGACUGAGCAGGGCCUUAAAGAUGACCUGGCGAAGCUGAAGUCAUUCACUGUGGUAAUGGUUGAUGAGAAAAAUUAUAUGAUGGAGAGAAUGCUGUUAGAGGAGAAGAAGAGGGAUGAUCUGAGUAAGACGUUCAAAGCGGAGCAGGGCAAGGUCAUGGAGGUGACUGAGAGAUUGAUAGAGGAGAGUAAAAAGCUCCUGAAGUUGAAAUCAGAGAUGGAGGCCAAGGUUGGGAACCUCACCAGAGAGAAAGGAGAGCUAAGCACUAAGCUCACAUGUGAAAUGGAAAAGAGCAAGGAUCUGAGCUCCAAAGUCAGCCAAAUGAACAAGAGGUUAGAUGGAUUGGAGGAGGCAGAAAAUAUAUCCACAAAGAACAUAGCAAAGAGGGAACUGGUAAGCUUGUCAGAUGGGGGUUCGAAAGAGGACAACAGGGUGAAGGAGCUAACAUUUGAAAUAGAGCGAUUGAAAAACCGUCUCAAGCAGCUGGAGGUUGUGGAGGGCGAUUUGAUAAAGACAGAGGAUCAGUACGACCUGCUGGAGAAAAAGUUAAUGACGGAGCAAGACAAGGCCAACAUUCUCUCCCAGCAGGUGGAGGAGAUGAGGAGUCAGAUCGCCAGGAUUAAAGCAAUAGAGAAUGGAGAGGUGGAGAGCCAGGAGGCAGACCUACGACAGUGCUGCAGGACAGAGAACGCCAACACCAGAGACUUGCAGAACGACAUGGUAGCUCUCAAGGAGAAGAUUCAUGAGCUGAUGAACAAAGAAGACCAGCUCUCUCAACUCCAAGUGGACUACUCCAUCCUCCAGCAGAGGUUCCUAGAGGAAGCAGAGAAGAAGGACAACAUGAGCAUUGAGGUCCUCCACCUCACCAAAGAGCUGGAGGUGACCAAGCGCCACAGCCGCGCUCUACGACCCUGUCUGAACGGGAGGAGGAUGGUGGACGUUGCCAUGGCGUCCACGGGAGUGCAGACUGAUGCGCUGGCCAAUGAGACGGCAGAAGAGGACACCCCAGCUGUGUUCAUCAGGAAGUCAGUCCAGGAAGAGAAUCACAUCAUGAGUAAUCUUCGACAGAAGGGUCUCAAGAAACCCACAGAGAAAGCUGGUGGUCAUGAACGCUACUCACCGUCUGCUGCCGCUGACCUCAGCAUGAAGAAGUCCUGGAUUCCAUGGAUGCGGAAGAGGGAAAACAUCCCUCAGGGUGGUAAUCUGCAUAAGUCUGUCCAUAGCAACGGUGAAUCCAUGCAUUCUGAUCUGGCCAUGUCUCAGAAGCAAGGGCAGCCUUUACGCAUCAGAGUGACCCCAGACCACGAGAACAGCACGGCUACCUUGGAGAUCAGCAGUCCUUCUGCUGCGGACCUCUACUCCAGCUCCAGCCUCAGCUUCAGUCCCACCCUGCAGGGCCACCAGAAGCCUAGGAUCACCAUCAUUCCCACCCACACACACACCACUGCAACUUCAAGGGGCAGAGCCAGCGCAGGGCCAGGGGGACCAGAGAGGGCCAAGUCCCCGGUCACCAUCAGCACCAUCUCCAGGGCCAAGUCACCAGAGAUCAGCAAGGCCUCCUCCUCUUCCUCCUCCUCUUCCUCCUCCUCUUCCUCCUCCUCUUCCUCUUCAGGCAGACCCAUGUCACCCAUAUCCAUCAUGACAGUCAGCUCUUCUAUGGUGUCCAACAUGUCCGCCUCCCCAGAGCCCCAGGAGAUUACCAUGGGCCGGGCCGUGUUCAAGGUGACCCCUGAGAAGCAGAUGGUCCCCACACCAAUCAGGAAGUACAACUCCAACGCCAGUAUCAUCACCACCACAGAGGACAACAAGAUUCACAUCCACCUGCAUGGCUCCCAGGUCAAUAAGGGCCCCUCGGAGGACCACAACAUCACAGCACCCAAGGUGGUGGUUAGGCCUGUCGGCGUGGCAACGGAGUGUAGCAGAGAGAUGACGUUAUCCACGGGCACAGUGUUGCGCUCCCCUCGCCAUAGCGCCACUGCUGUCAAAACCACUCCCAGUAAAGUGAUGAGCAGCAUCACUAUCACUGCAGUCACGUCCACCCCUGCCAGACCAACACAAGCUGUGCCCGGGCAUGAUGCCCACCCACCCCGAGCAGGGCUCACCCGUAUCCCCAUGUCCAAGGGCCUGAAGACAGGCAAAGCCAUGCUGGGAGCCCUGGGGAUGUCUGGAGGAAUGAGGCUGGAGCAGAGAGCAGAAAGCCAGUCCAUGAGGAUAGAGCUGAAGAAAUCCACAAUCAGCAGCACAACAGCCUUUCAAAAUGGAGGGAAAGGCUGUUAGAGCCAGAGACACUAACAGGGAACAUUAGUCAAACAAGCUGCCAACCAAAGUAGUGUUCUAUGGGUCAGAGGUGCUCAGUAUAGAGGCACCAUUAAAUUACCUGGAGACAGAGAGCGAGGGGGAUAUUCAGACAAGGGAAAGUUGUUUGGCUCCUCUCUGUUGAGCAGGAGCCUGAGUUGAUCAUUGUGUUCUUAUCCAACUGAAAACAGUAUACAUAUCUAAUAUAUUAUAUUUUUAGAAAGUAUUUAUAUUCUGUUCUCAGUGUUUGUAAUGUGGAUGAAAUCAACUUAACUGCUUUCUUAGAUACCCGCUGGCAUUUUGUAAGGGAACAGAGUCAGGUGUAUUGUCAGGUAAUUCUGCUACUAACUGCUUCAUGUAUUAGUUAGGGACUGCUUCACCUAGUGAGCUUUUCAUGAUGGAUUUUUGUACUGCAUUUAAUACUGAGACCACAUCAUUUGGUGUGCAGCAAAUUAAAUGUGUCCUUUUUUAUGUAAAUGUUUUUGUAAUGACGUAUUUGAAAUAAAACUUUUUUCUGAAA